AUGAGUGCUUUCACAGAGUACUCUCGGCAGCAAUCUCGGUUCUUCUAUCUCCUGGCAGCUACAGUUCCAAUUCGUUCUUCAGCGCCGUUACAACAGGCCCUUUAUAUUGACCUGAGACUUGGCUCCGACCAACCAAACUUGAAACGGUGUCGGGCCUUCUUUCUUCAAGCUCCGAAACGCCACAAGAGGAAACGACGUUCGGGGCCCUUCUGCGGCGCCAAAAGGAAAAUGGCGUUCAGGCAUCUUUCUCAUUCGAAGCACCAAAAGGAAUGGAGCUCAGGCGUCGUCUUCCUAAACACCAGAAGUAAUGUGGUGCUCGGGCGUUUUCUUUCGAAACGUUGA